CCAGAGAGCGAGACCUGCGGCGCGUCCCCUAGGGCCCAGUAGGGCCGGGCCCGACUGGGGGGGGCCUGGCGGGCACUGGGGAGGCCAUGAGGCGGGCCCGGGCCGCCCCCUGCGGGCUGCUGCCAAAGCAGAAGCUGGCGCUGCUCCCCCUGCUGUUACUGCUCUUCCACCGGACGAGUCCCCACGGCAGCCCCAGGCCCCUGCGGUGCUAUGGUGUUGGACCCUUGGGCGACUUGAACUGCUCGUGGGAGUCUCUUGGGGACCUGAGAGCUCCCUCCAUGCUGCACCUCCAGAGCCAGAAGUAUCAUUCCAACAGAACCUGGACUGUGGCGGUGCCGACUGGGCAGAGUUGGGUGACCAUCCCACGGGAACAGUUCACCACAUCUGAUGAGCUCCUUGUCUGGGGGGCCAAGGCAGGCCGGCCUCUCUGGUCCCCAGUCUUCGUGAACCUGGAGACACAAAGUAACAGGCAGGAGGGAGGAUGCUACCUGGAGGGGGGCGGUGCUGGAGGCCCUGACUCAAUGUACCCUGGCCUCCCCUCCUCAGUGAAGCCGGAAGCCCCCCAGCUGGACCCUGAUGUGGAUUUUUCAGAAGACGACCCCCUGGAGGCCACUGUCCAAUGGUCCCCGCCUUCAUGGCCACCACAUAAGGUCCUGGUCUGCCAGUUCCACUACCGAAGAUGCCAACAGAUGGCUUGGAUACUGCUGGAACGAGAACUGAAGUCCAUACCCCUGACCCCUGUUGAGAUCCAGGACCUAGAGCUAGCCACUGGCUACGAGGUAUCAGGACGCUGCCGAAUGGAGAAAGAGGAGGAUCUGUGGGGCGAGUGGAGCCCCGUUCUGUCCUUCCAGACACUGCCCUCUGCUCCAAAAGAUGUGUGGAUAUCAGGGAACCUCUGUGGGACACAAGGUGGACAGAAAUCCCUGCUUCUGUGGAAGGCCCCAGGGCACUGUGUGCAGGCGAGCUAUAGAGUCUGGUUCCAGGUUAAAGGUCAGGAACUGAUCCCCAGGGAGACUCCCUGCUGUAGCUCCUCCAUCCCAACCCAGGCGGAGUGGGUUGCAGUGUCUGCCAUCAAUGCCACAAGCUGGGAACCUCUCACCAACCUUUCUUUGGUCUGCUUGGAUUCAGGCUCUGCCCCUCAUGGUGUGGUGGUCAGUAGCAUUGCUGGAAGCACAGAGCUGCUGGUGACUUGGCAACAGGGGUCUGGGGAGCCGAAGGAACAUGUGGUGGACUGGGCUCAAGAUGGAGAGCCCCUGGAGAACCUCAGCUGGGUCCGGCUUCCCCCUGGGAACCUCAGUGCUGUGCUGCAAGGGCAUUUCGAAGGAGGGGUUCCCUACCGAAUCACAGUGACGGCGGUCUCUCCUGGGGGCUUGUAUCCUGCUCCCUCAGUCUGGAGUUUCAGAGAGGAACUAGCACCUUUAGUGGGCCCAGUGCUUUGGCGACUCCAGGAUGCGCCCCCAGGGACCCCCACCAUAGCGUGGGGAGAGGUCCCAAGGCACCAACUUCGGGGCCUUCUCACCCACUACACCUUGUGUGCACAGAGUGGGACCAGGCCUUCUGUCUGCAUGAAUGUGAGUGGAAGCGCCCAGAAAAUCACCCUACCCAACCUUCCCUGGGGUCCCUGUGAGCUGUGGAUGACGGCAUCCACCAUCGCAGGACAGGGCCCUCCUGGUCCCAGCCUUCGGCUUCAUCUGCCAGAUAAUACCCUAAAGUUGAAAAUUCUGCCAGUUGUCGUUCUCCUGUGGGGCUUGUUCCUGACAUGCUGUGGCAUAAGCCUGGCUACCUCUGGAAGGUGCCUCCACCUACGGCACAAGGUACUGCCCCGUUGGGUCUGGGAGAAAGUCCCCGAUCCUGCCAACAGCAAUUCCAGCAAGCCUCAUGUAGAGGAGAUACCCCAGGCCCAGCCCCCCAGGGACUCACCCACUUUGGAGGUGGAGGAGAUAGAGCCACUGCCAGUUGUAGAGCAUCCCCAGGCCUCCUCCCGGCUUGAUUCUGGAUAUGAGAAACAUUUUCUACCCACACCUGAGGAGCUGGGCCUACUGGGCCCUCUGCCCCCAGGCCCCAACAUUUGGCCUGAACCAGGCCAUGAGAGGGGUACUCAUUUGACAACUGAAGACACUGAGGCUUAGAGACAUAGAGCCACUCACCAGAGGAUGCCCAGCCAGGAAGAUCUGAGAUUGAAGGACCCCUGUAGAAAGAGGACCCAGCCCUAUAGGGAAUGUAUGGAUGGAUGAGGGAAUAAAAGAACAUACACAAAAUCCAGAGUGGUAGCCACUUCCCCAAAUCUGUCCUGCUGCUGUAACAGAACUAUAGCUGGGUACACUCCCAGUCUCCCUUGCAGCUAGGUGGGUUCAUGCACGUAGUCCUCACCAAUGGAAUGUGAGCAGAAGUGACUCAUGCUGAAACUGGGACUGGGUGGGGCUCCUCCAUAUUCUCUUCCCUUUCCCAUGAGCUGGAAGAACAUCGACAUGGCAUGUGUUAGCUUCAGCCAGACCCAAGAGGAGGGUGGGGGCAAGAAGUGGAAAGGAACCUGAGUCCCUGAGUGACUGCAUGGAUCAGAGCCACCCAGAGAAAUAAAUUUAUGUUUUUAUAGUUAC